CUUAGCGCAAGAACAUUGGACUCAAGAAGCCCACCGUUGUGCCGCUAAUUACCUCCCAGAUACGGCUGGUGGGAAAGGCCAUAAAUAACCAUAGGAUUCCUCAGACAUCAUGAUGCGGCAGCUACAUUUGCUUUCUACACAUCUUCUUAUCUAGAAACAAAAGCAUGACUGUCUCGCCAACCAAGAUUUUGUUGAAGAAUGGCGUGCUUCUUAUCCAUGGAGAGGAUGGCAGAGUGAACCCUGAACGGUCGAAUAUUCUCAUCGAGGGAGACACGAUUUCGGAAAUCGGCCCAAACGUCAGGAUAACCGGCGAGGAUGUCAAAGUGUUUGACUGCGAGGGCAAGAUCGUAUCUCCAGGCUUUAUAAGCACACAUCAUCACGUCUGGCAAACCGCGCUCAAGGGUCGCCAUGUCGACCACACUCUACUUGAGUACUUGCCGCGAGGAAAUUUAAUUGGGUCAUUGUUCUCUACCGAAGACGCAUUUUGGGGUGAACUUGGUGGCGCACUUGAAGCUAUUGAUGGCGGGACCACGACCAUUGUGGACCACUCCAGCCUGAAUGUUGGCCCAGAAUUCCCCCCUACGUUGGUUCAGGCGCUGAUAGCCUCCGGGCUUCGUUCUGUCUACUGCUACUGCGUUCCCAGAGCGACCAGCUGGAGCCCGUUUUCUACAGCAGAUGACUAUACAUCUUCACAUGUUCUCGAAGAAUGGAAAUCGCUAGCGACAAAGGGCCCAUACGGAGACGGGCGAGUACAGAUUGGUUUCACGGUAGAUAACUUGUAUCAGUCGCCUGACCAAUUGAAGUUUCUCUACUCGGAGCUUCGCGCUGCAAGGGCUAAGGUCAUAACAUCGCACGGUGCCGGCGGCCUAGCCUUCGGCGAUGGUCCUUCUGUCGUCCAGAUCCUGAACAACCACAACCUGCUAGGCUCAGAUAUACUCAUCUCUCACGCCAACUUCCCAAAGGAUGGCGACGCAGAGCUUGUCAAGAAGCACAAUGUCUACAUCUCUGCUACCCCCAACACAGAGCUUCAGAUGGGUUGGCCGCCAGUCGCCCUUCAGCCUGAGUUUGAAGCAAACUGCAGCCUCGGGGUUGACUGCCACAGCUGUGGCAGCAGCUUCAUGCCCAGCCAGAUGCGGCUCGGCCUACAGUAUGCCCGAACCGAACGGCAAGAGAAUCUUCGCAGACAAGGCAAGUGGAGCCGACAUGUCGGACCGUCGGCUAAGCAAGUCUUCAAUCUUGCUACAAUAGGUGGUGCAAAGGCGAUUGGCAUGGCAGGCGAGGUUGGCCAAAUCCGCAUUGGUGCAAAGGCAGACCUGGUAGUCUUCAGCACUGACAGCCCCUCCAUGCUUCCUGCUGCUGAAGAGGACCCCAUUGCAGCGGUGGUUUUGCAUUCGAGUGAGAGAGAUGUGGAAACUGUCAUUGUUGGAGGCGUCAUUCGGAAGGAGAACGGCAAGUUGCUACCUGUGUCAGUUACCGAUCAAGUGGAAGGGGCGAGUGACCUCGGUCUCCACGGGAAAAGCAUUACAUGGAAGGAUGUUGCGAAGAAUUUGAUUCAGAGCCGGAAGAGAUUGAACAAGACGGCAGAAAGCAUCGACAUGAUGGCGGUGGAAGAGACGAUCAUGGACAAUUUCUACGUAAAUCGGAAGGAUAUGCUCGAGCAGUCAUGAGUCUAUGGAGUUGAUGAUGUGCGAGCACUCGGAUGUCCUACAAUUGAGGGUUCAUUAUCUUGUCAACUUUGACUCACAUAUCGUCAUUCACCUAAAGUAAAACUCGGAAUGUCUAUUAUGUCUCAGAGGAGCCGAUAAUAUGGCUGGGCGCGCUAAGUAAUCCGAAAGGUUUUGAGCAUAUCGCCAAUCAUAAUGUGCACAUACUUAUAUGGUAGAGGUGUUCAAGACCACCACCAGCCAUCGACGCAACUCGGCACCUCGAACAUCGUCGUGAUUGAGGUCGACUUCCGGAUGUUCGGCUCCUGGCUUAGGCAUGACUUGAAUCAGGGAGCAGCAACUCGAGACGGAGUUAGUUAUAACCACACGGAGUUACCACUGAAGAUGCG